CAUGUAGUGUGCGGUAGACCGCUCGCCCCUAGGGCUUUCUGAGCAGCAGCCUUGGAGGACUGGCGCGCAUGGAUGCUGGAUCUCUCGAAUUUGAUUGGCCCCUCUAACUCGAUCAGACUGCUCACCCUGCUGCUGAUGCUGUUGGAAUUGUCCAGACCCGCCCUACCGUCCCCUCUGAAGCCCAUCUGUGACCUCAGGGUCCUCAACCACUUCAUCAAGGAGGCACGAGACGCCGAAGCCGCUAUGAAAGUGUGUCGAGAAGGAUGUCUUCUGUCUGAGGCUCUCACUGUUCCUCAAACCAGAGUUGACUUUGAAGUCUGGGAAAAUAAAAAUGCAUCAGAGCAGGCCCUGGAGGUGCAGUCUGGAUUAUGGCUGUUGCAGCAGGCCUUGAAUCUCCUGCGCACAUCCGUCACUAACACACAGCUGCACAGCCACAUCGACUCUUGUAUCAGCAACCUGCUGAGCCUCAGCGCUGUGCUGCGGAGUCUGAACCUCCAGGAAUAUAGUCCGCCUACAAGUACCGUGGGACUCGAGGGAACGUGGACAGUUUCAUCACCAACAGAACUUCUACAAGUUCACUUGAACUUUUUGCGUGGAAAGGUGCGCCUGCUAUUGCUCAGCGCACAGGCGUGUCAACAACAUGAUGUCAGCUGAUCGUUCCC